CCUUUGUCAAGUGCAGUCGAACGCUAAAACCCCGACAUUCUCUCCUAGAUAUAUAUUUACCUUUUUUGUACUAACGGAUAGUCCAAUGAGUCACACUCAAAGGUUAUGACAGAUGGCGGUACCCUAUUAGUCACACGUGAGAGCGAGAAGAUGAUUUGUUUUUUCUCUCUCCCCAUUAUGCAGAGUUCAUUUUUAGUACAAUGUGGCUAGAUAUUGGAAGGGAGCCAGCUACUGACCUAUGAUAACAGCGGAUUCGAUUACAAAAAAACAUCGAUAAAUCGAUUCAUAGUGUCGACGUUGGGCAUGCAUGGGGCAUCCCUACUUAUGAUACUUGUCAAAGAAUGUCAAAGCCUUUGGAUUGCUAACCGACUAAAUUGCGUAUCAUAUUUACUUUAUGCACGUGCUUAUUUCAAAGCACUUUUUCAAUUGCGUCGCAUUGCAAUGUCUACUCGUUUGAGUUUUGUUAAUAACUUAAUAAGUGAAUGUAAAUUAGCGAAUUGCCGAUAAAAAUGGGUUGGUUUACCGACGCCGAGGAAGAAAAAUUAAUAAAAAUGGUUAUAUCUCACGAUAUAUUAUAUAAUCCGUCACAUGCACAUUAUAAAAGUAAUUUAAUCAAAGACAAAGUGUGGAAGCAGAUCGGAAAGGAGUUGAAUCGAAAUGGUGCCGAUUGCAAAAAGAAAUGGAAAUGCAUAAGAGACACCUACCACAGAUACAAAAAGAAAAUCAGAGCUACAGGUAUUGUUCCAAAACAAACGAAAGAUAAAAGACAUAUUUUACUGUCCUUUCUUGAUACCUAUCCCCCCACACCAAGAACAUUGGGAGGGGGUUUGGGAGAUCCUCACGAAUGCAACCAAGAAAUGUUAGAAGAAGAAAAUUAUUGGCAUGGAGAACAAAAUACGGAACUAAGUAAUGAUUCAGAUGCACAAAAGUUUAUGCCUGAUAUAACCAUUAAAGAAGAAUACAAUGAUGUGCAAAUGUUCGGUAUUUCAAGUAACGGUAACGGUAUUGAUGCAAUGGAGGAAAUUAUACCAGAAGGCAAUGAUUCCCUUAAUGUGCACAAACGGGAUGAUGAAAGAAGUACCCUUUUUAAGACGAAGAGAAAAAAGGAGAUGAUAUAGACUUGUUUUGUCGGCAUCUUGAAGAAGUUCUACGGAAUCUACCGCCUAUAGAGAGAGCUACAGCUAAAUUGGAGAUGAGCAAUAUUUUGUCUAAAUAUGAGAUUAUGGUGGCAACUAAGUUAGAAAGAUUAAGUUGUUCGUCAACGAUAAAUUUUUCAACGGAUUUAGAGGCAUCUGUAGACAACUCACAUUCAGAGAAAAAUAAUGAUCAGACGGACUAAGAUUUUAUGUGUGUGUGGUGGUCUAAUCAUGGUACAAAAGUGAAGUUUGACAAUUUAGGGAUUGUGUUACACCUUUUGGCUAGUUAGGGUUGUCAAAAUUCCAGUUGUGCACACAAAGGAAUCUCAUGUUGUGAUAACCCUAAUAAUGCAAAAAAUUCGCCUAAAGAGGUCCAUUCAUGCUAGUGCUAGUAAAUAGUAAUAUAGGGGAAAAAAUCAAAAAAAUUAUUAAAAUAAUGAAGAUAAAUAUUGUCAGAAUUACCAAUAGGCAAUCAGAAAAUAAAAUGUAUUUAGAAA